AUGCCCUCCCUCCUCGAAGACCCCACCACGCACAUCCCCGCCCCAACCCCUACCCCCUCCCUCCAACCUAUCUCACGCACCCUCCGCGACGGCACAAAAAUCACCCUGUACCCCAUAACCACCGGCCCCGAUGCCCUCCCCUCCUCCCUAAUCCACUAUCUGCACAAGGAAUUCUCCUCGGAGAUUCUCAAGGGAUGUACAUACCCCAUGGAAACCCCGCUCGAGUACGAUCUGUAUCGGACGUACUGGUUCGGGACGUUUGCAGUGGUGGCUGUCAUUGACGAUGGUGGGGAUGGGUUGAGGGAGGGCAGGGAUUGGGAGAGCGACUGUCUGGGGACGUUUUAUGUGAAGCCGAAUUAUCCUGGACGCUGCUCGCAUGUUUGUAAUGCGGGGUUCUUUACGACGCCGGCGGCGAGGAAUCGUGGUGUGGGGAGGGUUAUGGGGGAGGUUUAUUUGGAGGUGGCGCCGGUUUUGGGAUACAAAUACUCCGUGUUUAACCUCGUCUUUGAGAAUAAUGUCGCCUCGGUCAAAAUUUGGGAGAAUUUAGGCUUCCAGGUUAUUGGUCGUGUGCCUGGUGCUGCGCGUUUGGCAAACAGUCCUGACCUCGUCGAUGCUCUUAUCAUUGGAAAAUCUUUGGUUUAA